ACCUCGCUAAGAACUUCAACGCUGAUUGGUUGGACUUGCGGAAGGCUUUAGGGGAAUAGUUGGGUGUAGUUUGUUCCUGUUAUGUAAGGGUGCGUAGAAGCGCUUUAAAAACUACAUUUCCCGACUAUGAAAAGUAUUUGCGACGCUAGCUGUCAAGCACAGAAGGUCACACGCGUGCUUUUGAACGCAGGAGCUUGUAUGGAAGAAAUGUGCGGCAGUAAAUAGAGACAUAGCGACUUUAUACACUUACCCCGUAGAAACGAGUGUACACAAGAACUGAUGCUAAUGCACCUCCAAAGAAAUGCUCCAUCUUUUUAACUGAGUGCGGUGAGAAACAGGUAGCCGAGCAAAAAGUGGUAGCUAGCAUUUGAGCUAGCUUUUCUUCAAAACAUUACAUCUUCACAUCUUCACUGCCGCUAUGUUUAGGAGCCUUGUUAGACUCCAGAGACACUUUGGAAAUCCCCUUCUCAGUAACGUGUGCCCAAGAAGUCCGCAGUGUCCGCUUGCUUUGAAAUACUCCACGGCCACAGCAGAAAAAAAAAGAUUUUAUCAAGAUGUCAGUAUAUCCCAAGGUGAAGGUGGUUUGUAUGAGGUAAACCUAGACAAAAGGAAACUCAAAACUCCUGGAGGGAAGCUGUUCACAGUACCAAAUGAAGCCAUGGCUAUGGCCGUGGCAACCGAGUGGGAUGCUCAAAGGGACGCACUCAAGUUCUACACUAUGCACCUGACUACACUGUGCAACACAGCUCUGGACAAUCCCACCCAACGUACCAAGGACCAAAUGAUCAGUGCUGCCCUGAAGUUCCUAGAGACUGAUACUGUCUGUUACAGAGUAGAGGAGCCUCAUGGUUUGGUUGAGCUACAGAAGAACGAGUGGGACCCUGUGCUGCACUGGAUUGAAAACAGAUACAAUGUCACUAUUGGCUCCUCGUCCAGUAUUUUGGGUCCUGAGAUCCCAGAGGCAACCAAAGACACGUUCCGGCAACACCUAAAGUCUUACAACUUCUGGUCCCUGACAGGGCUUGAGUAUGUGAUCAACCAGCUGAAGUCUGUGGUGCUGUCGAUGGGGUUGAUUGACCGACAUCUGAGUGUGGAACAGGCUGUGCUGCUCUCUAGACUGGAGGAGGAAUACCAGAUUCGGCAUUGGGGUAAUGUGGAGUGGGCCCACGACUACGACAUGUAUGAGCUGAGGGCACGAACUGCUGCUGGAACUCUUUUUGUUCACCUCUCAUCUGAGAGUUCAACUGUCAAACGCAAACUUAUGCAGGACUGAGAAUGAUAAGCUCAAACAUAAACGUCCGUGAGCACUCAGCAGAUCUGCCCCUCAAGCACCUCUCUUUAUUCAUGUUUCUACAUCCAUGCAGACAAGCACAACACUUCCUGUCUGUUCUAUUUAACAGUGACAGCUGUUGCGUUUGUGAUCUGUUAUUGAGUCAGCUCUCUCCAGUAAAACAUUGGCUGUAUUUUUGCAGUGUUUAUAUGUGGCAGCUGCCAAGUGUGACACCCUUCACCAACUUUCCAGUCAGUUCUCAGUCAUCCAUGACAUUUUGGACACUGCCGCACGGUUUCAAGAGAAUGGUGACUAAUGUUGUUGUCUGGUUGUGGAAUGUUGUUUCCAUGCCUGCUUUCUCUGUGCGCUACAUUUCAAUACUGGAAAAGUGCAUAUGCUAUCCUAACAGCACGCUAUUCAUACUACCUGUGCUGUGUGUAGUGUCUGAAAAUUGUGCACUGCAAAUAUUCACAUUACAGUUGGUGAAACAUGCUACAUUUAAAUGAUUUUCUGUGGUAAUGAGAUGAAAGCUUGAAUGCUGCACACAGAAAGCCUAUUCACCAGUAUCAUCUCCACAACACAGUUCUGUUUCUACAAUUUAUUUAAUUUUAUUGGGAAGUGGAUUGGAUCCUCAUCCAGAAAGUUGUUUUGCUUCUGUGGCAGUCAUGUUUGUCUGUUUUCUUUCCACUUAUCGUAAGCAAUGUAUGUUAGCUAUCUUAACUGAAUAAAAACUGCAAAACAU